AUGUACGUUUCAGAUGAAUUUAUGGUUGCAGCUACUUUGAUCUUACUGUGUAAAAAACCUAUCGAAGUUGGACCAGUCCCAUGGUUACUGACUGUACCUUCUAUUGCUAUCAUUGGUAGAGAGAUUACAAUGUCUCGUAGCACUAACCAUACUUCUUGCAAGCCAGUGUUGGAUGGCUCGUAG